AUAACUCAGAAGAAAUGUGAUAGAAACGAAGCGGAGUUUGCAGAUGAAGGAAGAUAAAUUAAAAUAAAAUAAAAAUUUAAAGAAGGAGAACAAAGGUUGCCGGCAUUAUCCUGCAUAAAAGAACAAAGUGGCCCUAGAAUCCAACCCCGCCUUUUCCAUCACAAAGUCAUGGAUUUCCAAAGUGAAAUUCCGGAGGAAAUUUGAGGAGUAUCCGGAUCCGGAGAAAGAGUGAACAGGAAAAAAAAAAGAGGCAACGUGGAGAUUCGAUCAAAGGAACAACUGAAGAAAGAAACCCUGGCAGACGGGCAGGAGAAGAUGGGGGAGCAACCAAUUUUUAGCACCAGGGCCCACAUCUUCCAGAUUGAUCCUGCCACCAAGAGGAACUGGAUCCCUGCCAGUAAACAUGCCUUGACAGUGUCCUAUUUCUAUGAUGCUACUCGCAAUGUCUAUCGGAUCAUCAGUGUGGGAGGCACCAAGGCCAUCAUCAAUAGCACCAUCACCCCCAACAUGACCUUCACAAAGACCUCACAGAAGUUUGGCCAGUGGGCAGACAGCAGGGCCAACACAGUCUAUGGGCUGGGCUUUCCUUCUGAACAACAUCUCUCUCAGUUUGCAGCAAAAUUCCAAGAAGUAAAAGAAGCAGCUCGCUUGGCCAGAGAGAAAUCACAGGAUAAGACUGAACUAACCAGCCCUGCUCUCAGUUUGACUUCCCACCAAAUUCUGGCCAGCCCCAUCAUUAGUUCCAAUGGUCCCGGAGAUGACAAACUGUUCCGGAGCCAGAGUGCUGACAUGGAGAUGACAACAGAAAGAGAGCGCAUUAAAAAAAUGCUCUCUGAAGGGUCUGUUUGCGAAGUCCAGUGGGAAGCCGAAUUUUUCACUCUGCAAGACAAUAACAACAAACUGGUGGCUGCCUUGCAUGAAGCUAAUGCCAAUGUGGAGCAAUGGAAGCAGCAGCUGGCAGCAUAUCAGGAGGAGACCGAAGCACUGCGCCAACGAGUGGCAGAGCUGGAAGCCCAGGGGGGCCACAAUUCCUCAAGCGAUGUCAGGAAAGAGACCUGCCCAGCUUUAGAAGAGCUGGAACAGUUGGUGAAGGCCAAAGAUGAGGAGCUUCAACAACUGAGAAACCAAAAGGGGCUGCAGCAGCAACCAGAUGAUGAAUAUGAGGAAACCCGCCAAAAGGUGCAGUUUACAGAGUCUACCAAGCAAAAGACAUCCCAGCACAUCUGGUACAUCACUGUCCCAAUAAUUGCAUUGGAUUCUACCUAUGAGGAGUAA